AUGGAGAACUGCACCGAAUUUUGCGCACGCCUCCAUAAGUUGGUCGCUGGAACCGGAUCUACGCCCUCCCGCGACCAGCUCGACUCCCUCCUGGGCGACUGGAAAUCCGAUCUGCCGCAUGGUCUGGCUCUGGGCACCUUCCAAGAGCUUCAGGCUAGACCAUGUCCCUUUUGUGAGCUCGUCCUGGCCGCGAUUACGGAUACAGUUACCGAUGUCAAGCGAAUCGCCCCUGACCAAGCUGUCGAUGUGGUUCUGUUCCCAGAAGAGACGGGGUUCCGGUUGUCAUUUCCUUCUCGACUUGGGACGCAGCUCUUAUUUGUCGCAUCUGAAGAGAGUCAAGCAGCGAGCCCCGAUUGUGCAAGGGUCAUCCAGUCUUCUCACGUAUCACCAGCAACGAUAUCUAGAUGGCUGCAAAAAUGCGAUAGUCAUCACUCCAAUUGUGUCCGACCAGCAGUGUUAAGGCUAAAAGAUGAGUCUCGGCCGGGAGGGCAUUUUUUCGAGGAAGAUACAUCCAAUUUUCGCGUCCUGGAUCUCGAGGCGCGAUGUAUCAAAAGAGUAGCAUUGGAUGCCAGAUACGUCACCCUUAGCUAUGUCUGGGGCCAGAUCCCCAUGUUUCAACUGCAAAGAGAAAACAUAAAGGCAUUGGAAACACCGGGCGGGCUAGAUUUGUUUCUUCCGGGUCUACCAAGAACAGUGCAAAAUGCGAUCGACCUCGUGAAAUCGAUUGGCCAAAGAUACCUCUGGAUAGAUGCUCUAUGUCUCAUCCAGGACGACAUGCGAGAUGUCAACCUUGGCAUAGAACUUAUGAACUCCAUCUACUCAGGCUCAUAUUUCACACUUGUGGCCGCGACUGGUGCGGACAGCAAUGCCGGACUUCCCGGAUUCCAAGAUGCUCGAGCUUCGGGUUUCCAGAUUGUUAAGGAAUUGGUUCCAGGGGGCAUGCGCAUGGCUGUAUUUCACAGUAUCGACUGGCACCUCGAAAAGUCAAUAUAUAGCUCACGAGGAUGGACCAUGCAAGAACUUGUUCUUCCUCGACGCACCAUCAUCUUUAUCAACAAUCAAGUGUACUUUCGCUGCCACGAGGCAAAUUGGAGCGAAGAGAUUUGGUCGGACAAGCUUACGAGUUGGCUUGAUCCAGAUGACAGCAACAUUAGCCGUAUCCCACGGCUAGAUGAAGGAAGGGUUGCCUCUUUAUGGGUAUAUCAGAAGCUUUGCGAAGAUUACUCUCGGAGGAUCUUACGCAAUGAUGGGGACGCUCUCCGAGCAGUUGCUGGCAUCAGUCGCCCAUUAUUUGCAGGAAUGAGAACGAUUGGAACUGAGGGACUGCCAGCUUAUUAUCUUGAUAUGUUUCUCUUAUUCGCAUCCCCCGAGAGUCGGCUGAGGCGUCGCCACGAAUUUGCGAGCUUCUCAUGGGCUGGCUGGGAGGGCAAGAUCCUCUGGCCACGUGAGAACUACGUGGCGUACGACGAGAGUGGUAACAGUUUCUGGAACCCGGAGAACAUCAUGAAGCAUUUUGCAACCAACAGGCUGGUAGAAUGGGCUGUGUGGCCGAGAAACCAGAGUAUGAAAAAGCUGUCACGAUCCGAACCCGGGAAACAAACUCCAUUAGAGAUCCUUCUUCAACAGUUUCCAUUACUCUUCCCACAUGAUCAAAAUUCAGAGGAAUCCAAUUUGGUCGAGUCCGCAAAGAUGAAUUAUCCGUUUGACCCUGACAUCCUUGGCUAUUACGAAACAAAUAUUGAGCGUCCUUGGUUAGGUUUGGACAGGGCAAAGACAGUUCUUCCUAGCAGAGGUGAGCCGAAAGAACAAGAGGCAACGAUCGAAGGCGGGAACAGAUAUAGACUCAUUGCAACGGCACUCCCGUCUAUCAAUAGUCAAUCCGAGUACGAUCAGCUGGUUGCAAAGUUUUCAAUACCCCAUGACAGUACGGAAGAAUACGUAGAUUCCGCCAGCAACUCGAGUCAAGUUCUCAGCAAAGCAUCCCAUUUUCAACCGCAUCUAGUUGGCAGAAAGAACACUACUUUUUCCGAGAACCCAGAAAUUCGGCCCACUCUGAUAUAA